UCAGGUCUAUGUGGCAACUACAAUGAUGUCCAAUUAGAUGACUUCAAAAUAGAGUCGGGCGUCACUGAGGGCACACCAAUAACCUUUGUCAACUUUUGGAAAAACCAAAACAGUUGUCUAAAUCUUGAAAACACAUUUGACAACCCCUGUGGACAGCAUUCGGAGAUAGAGAAAGUAGCUAAAAACUGGUGUUCCAGUCUUACAAACCCAAAAGGAGUUUUUUCCGCAUGUCAUUCAGAAAUAUCUCCUGAGAUUUACUACCAAUGGUGUGUCUAUGACACCUGCAAAUGUGCAGAUAUUAGGAAGUGUAUGUGUGCGGCUGUGUCCAACUAUGUCCACACCUGUGCUGCCAGAGGAGUCAUUCUCCAGGGCUGGAUGGAUUCAAUCACCUGUGUGACUCCGUGUCCAGGCAACAUGAAGUACUCCUACAGCGUGACCAGCUGUGGCAGCACAUGCCGCUCUCUUAGUGGACAAGAUAGCACCUGUCAAGGGUCCUUCACACCUGUAGAUGGUUGUGUAUGUCCUGAGGACACCUACCUCAACAAUGACGGCAGCUGUGUGACUGCUGACCAGUGUUCUUGUUACAGUGGCAACCAGGUCAUAAAACCAUCAAGCAUAAUCUACAAUAAUGGUGUUAAAUGCACCUGUAACCUUGGCAAAUUACACUGCUCCAGCCAAGAAGACUGUGUGAAUCCAAUGGUCUUCUUCAACUGCUCAAAACAUGGACACGGACACAAAGGGACGGAGUGUCAGAGGACAUGUGAGAAACAAGACCCCAACAAUUGCGUGAGUACAGGGUGUGUAUCAGGGUGUAUGUGUCAAAAUGACCUUCUAGUUGAUGGGAAAGGUAGGUGUGUGGAGAGGGAAAACUGCACCUGUGUCCACAAUGGGCUCUUCUAUUCACCUGGAAAUCAAGUUCAAGAGGACUGUAACACCUGCACAUGCACAAAUGGGAGAUGGAAUUGUACUGAAAAGACAUGCUAUGGCACCUGUACCAUCUAUGGUGAAGGUCAUUUUAGGACUUUUGAUGGCAGGAGAUACUCCCUCUACAGAGAAUGUGAACACAUCAUAGCCCGUGAUAAUUGCAAUAUGAACCAGACUCUCUCCUUCAGCAUUGUCACACAGAACAAAUUCUGUGAGACCACCAGCACCAUCUGCAAGUCUAUCAGUCUCAAAUUUGGGAGAUAUGAGAUUCAUUUUUCCGAGGAUGAAGUCAAAGUUAUUGGCAAUGACACUGAUUACCAAUAUCAGAUUCAUACUGCAGGGAUAUAUAUUGUCACAGAGGUCAAAGGUCUUUUGAACUUAAUCUGGGACAAUAAAACAAGUUUGAUGCUCCAACUUGAUCAAAAAUUUAAGGGCAAGGUGUGUGGACUGUGUGGAAACUUUGAUGGUAAUGCGAACAAUGACUUUAUGAAGCACAAUGGAGAAGUGGUGACGGAUCCAGCAGAUUUUGGGAACAGCUGGAAAGUGAAUCCUGACUGCCCAGAUUUGACAAACACGAUAGACUUUUGUAAAGAAAGUCCACAUCGGGUUGUCUGGGCUGAAAAACGAUGCAGCAUCAUAACAAGUGAUGUCUUUAAAGUUUGCCACACACUUGUGGAUUCUGGACUAUACUAUGAUGCCUGUGUAAAGGACACCUGUGCAUGUGACACUGGGGGUGACUGUGAUUGUUUCUGUACUGCAGUGGCAGCUUACGCUGCUGAAUGCCGUAAAAAAGGAGCUUGUGUGGCAUGGCGGAGCCCAAGCAUCUGCCCCUUAUUCUGUGACUACUACAACCCUCCGGGAAAGUGUGAGUGGCACUAUAAAUCCUGUGGACAACCCUGCCUGAGAACCUGCAAAAACCCCUCACGAACUUGCUCUGAUCAAAUUCCUCUACUUGAAGGAUGUUUUCCUCAGUGCCCUCCAGACACUCCAUAUCUAUUGGAUGAAACCAUGACUUGUCUCUACAACUACUACAGUGUCAACCACAACUACUACCACGACUACUAUAACACCACCAUCUACAACAACAGGAACAUCUACUGCUACACAACUAUAACACCACCAUCUACAACAACAGAAACAUCUAUGUCUACCAAAUGUUUCUGCAUAUAUGAAAAUGUAAACUACCCAGUGGGCUCAACAAUCAGCCCUCUACAGGAUGAGUGCUAUACUGCUUAUUGCAACUCCUCUUGUUAUAUUGUAAAAAAGAUUCGAUCUGACAAUCACACGACAGACGCAUGCACUGUGUUAACAUGCAAAAAUGGAAAACUCACCCCGGAACCUGUAUAUUGUGAACCAAUAACUUCAAACCAUAAAUGUGACAACGGGUUUGAUCCUGUGAAGGUGUAUUACAACAAUGGCUGCUGCUAUAAGUAUGAGUGUGAAUGUUUGUGCAUGACCUGGGGUGACCCUCAUUACAGAACCUUUGAUGGACAAUACUAUGCUUUCCAAGGAAACUGCACUUAUGUUUUGUUCCAAGAAAUCAUCCCAAGAUACAACAUCAGUGUCCAUGUUAAAAACUACUAUUGUGAUGUUACAGACCUUCUUGCUUGCCCUGAGUAUGUGAUUGUGUAUUACAAAUCCUACAAAAUCAAGCUGACCAGCAAUAAUGAAGGGAUCCAUGUCUAUGUUAAUGAUGAAGAGAAAAAGCCAACAUAUGUAAUCGAUAACAUCAUCAUCUCUACUACUGGCAUGACAGUGACUCUGAAUAUCUCUGAUAUCAAAACUGAGAUUACAGUCGGAGAUUUAGAUGUCAAAAUCAGACUCCCAUUCUCCUACUUUCAUGAUAAUACACAAGGACAGUGUGGGUAUUGUGACAACAACACCAGAAAUGACUGCAGACUUCCUAAUGGAACAAUCGACAAUUCAUGUGAGCACAUGGCACAAUUUUGGAUGGUCCCCCCAGUAUGUGAUCCACCUCCUCGUGCACCUUCUCCAUCUAGCCCUCCAAACAUUACUGUCUGUGAAAUCAUCCCUAGCAAUUUGUUUAAAAGCUGCCAUAAUGCCAUUCCCCAUCAGGACCAUUAUAAGGCAUGUGUAUAUGAUGUAUCAAGAAUGGGAAAUGAGUCUGUUGCCUGUUCUAGUGUGGAGGCCUAUGCACAGCUAUGUGGUCAAAAGUCUAUCUGUGUGGACUGGAGAAGCUCACCUGUCCUCAAAGGGCUAUGUGAAUUCAAGUGUCCCAGUCACAAAAUCUACAAGGCAUGUGGACCUAAAGUGGAAAAAUCCUGCAGUACAUCGUACAAUGAUAUGUAUGCAGAGAAAGAAUGUCACAGGAUUGAUUGUAACCAAAUGAUAACGGAAGGUUGUUAUUGUCCUGAUGGCCAAUAUCGGGUUAAUAUGACAUCAAAUAUGUGUACAUCUUACUGCGAUUGCAUUGGCCCUAAUGAUUUACCUAAAAAGCCUGGGGAUACAUGGACAGUUGAUUGUAACAUAUAUAAUUGCACUACUUCUGGCAUUCGUUUGAAAGAGCCUGUAAAGUGUCUAACUGAAAUCCCCUGUGCUGACGGAUACAUAAGAUCUGUUCAAAACUGCUGUCCAACUUGUGUUUGCGAUCCUAAGCAAUGCAUUACGAAGAAAUGUGAUGUGGGAUUUAAAUUAGCAUUAAAUAUAACUGAAGACCGUUGCUGUUCCUGUGUGCCUAAAGAUGUCUGUGUGUAUAAUAACACUGAGUACAUGGUUGGAGAAGUCCGCCAUUACACAUGUGAAACUAUUACUUGCCGUCAAAUUAACGGCUCCUUUGUGACUGAGAAGAACUCCAAGACGUGCACAUACUCGGGUCAAUUUCACUGUAAACUUGGCUCUGAAUAUGUGAAACAAGAAGAAGACUGCUGUGGAAAGUGUGUACCAAGGAACUGUACUUACAUGGCAGACAACACCACAUAUAUGAUGCGGGUUGGAGAAGUCCACAUUUACAAAUGUGGAAAUGUUACCUGUCGUGAAAUUGAUGGCUCGCUCGUGACUGAGAAGAGCUAUGAGAAGUGCACUUACUCAAGUUCACGUGACUGUAAUCCUGGCUCUGAAUAUGUGAAACAAGAAGAAGACUGCUGUGGAAAGUGUGUACUGAAGAACUGUACUUACAUGGCAGACAACACCACAUAUAGAAUGCGGGUUGGAGAAGUCCACAUUUACAAAUGUGGAAAUGUUACCUGUCGUGAAAUUGAUGGCUCGCUCGUGACCGAGAAGAGCUAUGAGAAGUGCACUUACUCAAGUUCACGUGACUGUAAUCCUGUUGGAGAAGUCCACAUUUACAAAUGUGGAAAUGUUACCUGUCGUGAAAUUGAUGGCUCGCUCGUGACCGAGAAGAGCUAUGAGAAGUGCACUUACUCAAGUUCACGUGACUGUAAUCCUGUUGGAGAAGUCCACAUUUACAAAUGUGGAAAUGUUACCUGUCGUGAAAUUGAUGGCUCACUCGUGACCGAGAAGAGCUAUGAGAAGUGCACUUACUCAAGUUCACGUGACUGUAAUCCUGCUCACGAGGCGUACAAGUUUAAAUGUACAACUGGUGAAACCAGAAACUGUGUUGGUGUGAUGAACAUCACCAACAACUGUGUUCUUGAGAAGAGCAACACCCGUCUGCAUGUCAAUGGUUGCACUUCCAUCGAGGAUGUCGAAGUUACAUCCUGCACUGGCCACUGUGACAGUACAUCGAUGUGA